GUCAUCGCGCGGACACUCCCGGUGACAGCGUUCGGCUUGGCCCUCCCUCCCCCUUGCCGCCGGCUGGAAGAUGCAGCGAAUUCCUGGGGACGUGAAGAGCCUUGUUACAGAUGUUGAAAUAUUUAUACUUGAAAUAUUAAAGGAAGAGAACCUGACUAAGAAGGCAAAAGAAAAGAAAGAUGCAUUAUUGAGAAAACUUAACAGUAUUAAAACAAGCUAUCCUCAGGAGUUCCAGGCGAAAGGAGGAUCGGAUGAUUCUGACAGCUGUGAAGAACCUGUGGAAGAUAGUAUUUCACUAGCAUCUGAACGUUGUGAUAAUCAUGAUGAAUCUGCAGCUGAUGUUCAGCGAUCCCCUCCAAUACCUGCCCAGGAACUAACUCCAAUUCUGAAAGCUGGAUAUUUGGAAAAACGCCGGAAAGAUCACAGCUUCUUUGGAUCUGAAUGGCAAAAACGUUGGUGUGUACUUAACAACAAUGUCUUCUAUUACUAUGGAACAGAAAAAGAUAAACAGCAAAAAGGUGAUUUUGUCAUAGAUGGCUACACAGUCCAGCUGACAACUACCAUUAGAAAAGAUGCAAAGAAGGAUUGCUGUUUUGAACUCUCUGCUCCUAAUAAACGACUGUAUCAGUUUGCUGCAGCUUCUUCAAAUGAGGCAGAAGAAUGGGUUGAGCAGCUUCAAUUUGUAUUAAAAGACAGAGGAUCUGCAAUGAUCCCAGAAGAUGAUGAAGAAAUGUAUGAUGAUAUAGAUCCAGAAAUUAAAGAUGAUAAUUUCGACCAAGUGCCAAUAGAUGACGACAUUUAUGAAGAGCUUCCAGAAGAAGAGAAUGAUUUCCAACAACCUCUUUCACGAUUCGAUGAAACUGAAAAUAAGCAGCAACAGAGUGGUGGGAGUAAAACAGCUAUUAAAAAAACUGAAAAAGACAAAGCCACUGACUACGCCAAUUACUACCAAGGAUUGUGGGAUUGCUCAGGAGAUCAGUCUGAUGAACUGUCUUUUAAACGUGGUGAUGUCAUUUAUAUUCUUAACAAGGAAUAUAAUUCACAUGGGUGGUGGAUAGGACAAAUGAAGGAUAAUAUUGGCUUGGUGCCCAAAGACUACCUAAUGGAGAUGUAUGACAUUUGAGAAGGUCUGGGCAACCAUCUACCUACAUUGAUGUUCUAUUAUACAUGAAGGGAUUUUAAAAACUGGAUUGAAGGCCUUGCAAAGCUUGUUUGUUCUUAGCCAGGAGAGGGAGUUCUCACCCACCACUAUGGCACUAGCUGUUUCCCAAUUUAUUUUAUCAUAAAGAUAACAUCAUCUUAUUAACAAUAUAAUCUAUCCUCUUGCCACAGAUGUGAAAAUCAAGAAGCAGCUAAGUGUUUAAUUAAAUUAUUUCCUCAUUAUUGUAAUUAUCUUUCUUCAUUUCAUUGAUGUAUUAUUUCUGUUUUUCAAUGCUUCUGCAUCACGAAGAACUCUAGCUGCUUGAGUCUUUACACUGGCUUUGUGUAACAUCUUUACUGAAUAUUUAGCCAGUAUAUUUUCAUUGCUUCUAAGCCUUGCUAUUACAAGUUAAUUAAUUGUAAACAAACUCAAAAUGGAAAAUGAGGGCGAUAUUCCUCUGCUCCCUCUCUUGUCCCGUGUGUGCCUUCAAGUAACUGUAAGCACUGUUUUCUGUCUUGUCUGUUUCACUUUAUUGAAUCUUGUUCUAAUGUUCCAGUCUGCAAAUUUUAAGGUUCAAAUAAAGUUUAAUUGUGUGCAAACUGUUGUUAUGCUAAUAAUUUAAAUGCCUGCUGUGUAACUAAUGAAAUUACUGUGUUAUGAUUAAUUUGGAAACUGGUAUGUUGAUUGUAGUAAUUGAACACAACAAGGUGAAGUAAAUGAUUAUGAUGCCAUAUGCCCUGUUAAUCUCAUAUUUAAAGAGGUUGAACUUUUUCUUGCAGAGUUUAUUUUUAAAUGUAGUGCUUUUCUAAAAGCAAAUGUUGUUUUGGCAAGUUAUAAUUUGUUAAAAAAAAAUCAGCAGAAUUUUACUGCCAGCAUAAUUGGGCUGAAAAUCUCUUUCAACUUCUACCAUAAAUGUUAAAUGUAGAAUGUGAAGAAACAAUUUACACUGCUGUUCCUUAGCAUUAUGACUAGCUCAUAUAUAAUAAAACAGUUUUGAAAUGUU